AUGUAUAGAUUUCAAGUUCCAUAUCUAGGUACUCCUCAUUGGUUUGAACCCGUGAUUGCUGCCUAAACCAACACUCUCCAACAUCACAAAUCCUGUAAAUACCAGCAUUAAACCUCCACAAGCAUUACUACAUAACGGCGACAUUACCAAAUUAAAAAUCCUUGGAAAUGUCCUACCCCAUAUAUCUACUCUCCUUCCCAUUUCGUGCCUCAAAAUAAACGGCACUCAAACCCAUUGGGCCCUCUUCAUCCCCGCCACCUCCCAAAAGCCAGAAAAUGGAACUCUCAUCCAACUACUCAGCACACCCUUCACAGGCUACGGCUUGGAGUUCAAAAGACACUACGCUCUCUCAGCCGUCCGCAAGAAGUUCAAUAAGCAUUUACUUGGGCAGGUUGAUGGAAAGUGGGUUGUGCUCAACACGGUGGGGGAUGACGGAAUACCAAGUACGGACAUCAAGCCAAGAAAUGAAGUGGAGAAGGUGUCUAAGCGGGUAGAAGUUCCGGGUGGUAGUAGCGAGCCGCUAAAUCCUGGGGUUGUGAGUUUAUUUUUCGUAGAUGAGGAGGGAACUGAAGCUAGUUGUUAUGGGAAGGGGAGGAAGGAGGUGUCAGAAGUGGACUAGGGAGGUGGUUGAACUUUUGGUAGAGAAGGGAAGUCUAGAUAAGGACUCCAUUGGAGUGCUGGACCAGGUGAAAAGCUUGGAGCUGCCCGUUGCAGAAUGA